ACUUUAGUUACUGUUCGCCUUAAUUAUCAGAAGAUGUCUCUCUUUGCCAAUUAUUUUAUGUUUUGUAGUGUUUGCUAGUUUGGGAUUAGUUUUUACAAAUAUUUAUGUAACGGUUAGUUCAAAUAGUAUUUUUAAUGCACUGCCAAUACCACUGCAGUUUCCAUAACUGUCACGACCAACAAACUUAAUGCAGACCAAGGCUUAGGAUUACGAGACUUCUCAUACUCAUAUAAUAGUCUCUCCAACUCAAUGCUUGUAAAUUUUUGCCAUGCUGGGGGUUUGCAUUGAAGUAACCACCCUUGCCGCAUGAGUUCUGAAAACAUGAAGCUUCUAAAAGUUAAAAGAAAAACUAAAUCGUGCAGUAUUAUCUUCAAUGGAGUUAAACAAGUGGAAUCUUUUCUGUUUGCUGGAACCUGAGUUUGCUGAAACAAUUCAGACUGUUUGUGUGUUUGGGAACCUGGGCAACGAGGCCCUGAUCGUCACGAGGUCGGACGACGUGUACGCGAUCGGCUGCAAUGCGGCGGGCUGCCUCGGGCUGGGCGACCUUCAGGCCACCCUGGUGCCCAAGAAGGUGGAAGCACUCUGCCAGAAGGGCGUGCAAGGCUUCGCGUACGGCUCGGGCCCCCACGUGGUGGCGUUCACCAGCGCGGGCCACAUGUUCUCGUGGGGGCACAACGGCUACUGCGAGCUGGGCAACGGCACCACCAACCAGCUGCUGGUGCCCUCGCCAGUCGCCGCCAUGUCCUGCAAGGAGGUCGUGGACGUGUCCUGCGGCAGCCACCACUCCCUGGCCCUCACCCGGGACGGAGAGGUGUUCGCUUGGGGGCAGAACAACUGUGGCCAGGUGGGUUCUGGGAUGAGCACCAACCAGAUCGCCCCGAGGAAGGUCAACUCCGCCCUCAGCGGCAAGAGAGUGAUCUCGAUCGCCUGCGGCCAGACGUCCUCCAUGGCGGUCGCGGAGAACGGCGAGGUGUACGGCUGGGGCUACAACGGCAACGGCCAGCUGGGGAUCGGCAACAACGUGAACCAGCUGAACCCGUGCCGGGUGAGCGGCCUGCAGGACAAGGUGGUGGUGAAGGCGGCGUGCGGCUACGCCCACACCCUGGCGCUGACCGACGCGGGGGAGCUGUUCGCGUGGGGUGCCAACAGCUACGGCCAGCUGGGGACGGGCAACAAGUCCAACGUCAGCUCGCCCGUCCGCAUCGCCGCCGACAUCGGCAGGAUUGCCGACAUUGCAGCGACCCACUACGGCCACAUAUCCGCGGCGAUCACCCAGAACCUCAAGGUGUACAUGUGGGGGCAGUGCCGCGGCCAGAUAGUGGCGGUGCCCACGGAGACACCCUUCACGACCAUGUACGACGUGUUCGCCUGCUUCGCCACCCCGAGCGUCAUGUGGCGGCCCAUGCGGGUCAACAUGGAGGCGGGGAGGAAGUUUGCGGAUUGCUUCCGGACCGUCUUCGAUGAUUCGGGCUCGAGCGACCUGACCAUCGUGGUGCACGGCCGGCCCAUCUACGUGCACAAGCUGGUCCUGAAGGUGCGCUGCCAGUACUUCCGCAACAUGUUCCAGGCCAGCUGGGAGGAGAACAACAAGAAUGUGCUGGAGAUCGACCAAUACUCCUACGAUGUGUACAGGGCGUUCCUGCUGUACCUGUACACAGAUGAAGUGUGUCUGACGCCAGAGAAGGCAUUAGAGCUGCUGGACCUGGCCAACGCCUACUGCGAGACGCACCUCAAGAAGACCUGCGAGGAGAUCAUCAAGCACGGCAUCAGCAUCGACAACGUCGCGAUGCUGUACGCCACGGCCAUCACCUACCAGGCCAAGGAGCUGGAAGAGUUCUGCUUCAGGUACUCCCUGAACCACAUGACUGGCAUCGUCCAGACGGAGAGCUUCGCCCUGCUGGAUGAGCAGAUCCUCAAGGACUUCAUCGUGAAGGCCGCCAGGAGCGGGGUCUUCAAGUCCUAGUGGCGUUUGAGGCGGGGGCUCCCGCGCUGUCUCCGAUCCGCCGUCGCGGAGCCGAGUUUGGCCUCUGUUGAGUCGUUUAGUCAGGGGCCGUGCUUAUCGACCAACGUUCCUCGCGGUGUUGAAGUGCAUUUUAAGUAAACCUUGCAAGUUGCCUGCAGUUAUCUUUUCUGCAUCAUCGAAUGAACAUCGCCACCUCUAAAUCCCUCUGCACCAAAUUUUAAACUUUCAGUGCAAUUUCAUAUCGUAAUAAGCUGUGAAAAUUUUAGUUAAAACUGAGUCUGGGUCGUUUUCUUAGCUGUAAAAUGAAAGCACCAUGUUUACACUUUUUUUUUGUAAACUUUGUUUAAGAAAAUUCUGAAUAAUUUUAUAACUUGAUCUCAUUUUACUGUAAAAUAGUGUUAAUGUUUUUCUGUGUUUGUGGCGUUUUUGUGUCGAAUUUGUGCAUGUUGCAAUUCAGCUACGAUUUAUUGUUUCGUGUUAGAUUUUCAUCAGAGUUUGUAAUAACCAACAUCUCAUUUGUAAUUGAGCAUAAAAUCACCGUUUGUGUGGUCAUUCAAUGUUGGUAUUAUUUUAUAAAUGGUGUGUGAGUCUAGUAAUUUUCCUGAAACAUGUCAUGAGGAUGAUUAAUGUGAGUUGGUUCCACAAAUUUCAGUAUUACUUUACGUGAGUUAAGACUGAUUAGGCCCUGGACUGUAAAUGUUCUUCUUCUCAUCUGAUUGUUUCAUUGUAGUGGAGGAUGCAGUUUUGUAAGUUUUGUACAGAUUCGGUCUUUAUAACAUUGAAAUCGUGAAAUCUUUCGAUAGUAAUAUAAGUACGUAGAGAUGUGAAAAUUCUUAAGUAUAUUAGUUAAUAAUGUAUUUAAACUUAUAACUGGUGCACAUUUGAAGAAAAUAAGUUCGCAGCCAACCUAGAUACUUUUUAAGUUUGGUUUGAUUCUUUGCUUGUCAUGAUAACCUUUUUUAAAAUUUCACUAUAAAAAUUAAUUCCUAGUGUUUAAAUGGUUAUCAUUUGUGUAUAAAACUUUCAGUGAUGUAUGUAUGUGUAUUUAAACAUUUAAAGUUUCAGCUAGUUUCUUAAAUAUAUUUUAUUCAGCUUUAGGGUGAAUUUAAAUACAAAUUAUGGUUAUUGUUUUCUGUGUUUAUUAUUGUAUAUUGUUUAAGUAUUAAUGUGUAAAAUUGUUGCCGAUAUAAAAGUGCAUAUAUUACUUUCUUAAUUUUUUGACUAUGUAGUAUCUGUUUUUGGAAAUUCUACAACUGUUUUAAGAGAUCCCAUUCUGUUCUGUUCAGAUUUUUGAAUUUGGUUGGAGAAAAUUAUGUAUGUAUCUUAUUUUUUUAGACUUAUGGUGUUUUAUUUUGGAUGUGUCCUGUUUUCGGUUUGAAAAAGUUCAUAUCUUAAUAAUGAUUAUUUUUGAUUCUGUGUGCAAUGAUAGUUUAUAUGAAUAGUAAGGUUUUCCACAAAUUUUGUCAUCUCGAGAUGACUUAACUUGAAUAACAGACACAGAUUUGGGCAAAAACUGAGUAACUAUUAGUUGAUUUACUUCACAGUGGAUAUUGUGAUGAAAAAUAUAUUUAAAAAAAUGACCAACCUAUACAUUGAGCAUAAAAAUAAAUCACAGAGAGAGUGCCUGUCUUGAAUAUCACAAAGUUGAAAUUUCUGUGCCAUGCAUUAAUUUAAUUUAAUUUAAUUUAAAAUAGGUUGCAGGUUCUUUUUUUAAUAGAAAUCUGCGAAGUUAUUUGUCGAAACUUCAAUCAAGCAGUUUUGCAAAACUUGGGCAGCUAUUUUUUCUUUCAGUAGUUUGAAAUUGUUUGAAGUGCAUGAGGAGCUCUAUGUCCUUUUUUUUUCUUCAAAAAAAGCCCUUAUAUUUGAACAUCUGAAAAUUUUUUUUUAGCACACUUAGCUUUUUGGUUGUUUGCCUUUGUUAUUUUCUAAUUAUUUUUUUAUUUUUUGCUGGAAUGCAAAAUCUUUGUUCUAGUUAUAGUUUAUUUCCACCUUUUCUAUUUGUCUUGUUACAAAUACUUCACAUGUGUUUCUUAUUAAAAGAUUUUGAGAAAAAAAAAUUAAAAACUUUGUAGCUGAGUGUAUCAAUGAUUUUGUAGAUGUAAUCUAAUGAUUUACCGUGGUCAUUUCUUUCUAAAAAUUAGGUAUGGCAAUAUUAGGAGUGAGUCAUUUUUUUUUGUUUCAGAAAGAACACGUAAAAUUUAGCUUAAUUGCUAAGAUUACAAUGAUUAUAAAUGCAUCAACAUAUUUGCUGCUUUGCUUGGGUGGUGGGUUUAAUAAACUUUUUUCAUGCACUGGGUUACUAUGUUUUUUUUCUCCACUGAGUUAAGAUGUUUUUUUUUUGGCAAAAUAAUAGUUAACUCUCUAUUUGGUAAUGUCAGGGUAAAGUUGCAAUGUGUCUAUUGGUUAUUGAAGUCUUGAACUGAUUCACCUAAUUGCUAGUAUUUAAUUAAAAAUUUUGGAAAAAUAAGAGAAGUUAUAAGUAAACAUUAAAACAUCACUUUAAAGUUUUAAUUUAUUAUGGUACACAUGUUUUAAAUCUGUUUUACAAUAGAGUAUCCACUGUGAAGAAUUCGUAAAUUUUGCAUCACAGUGUUUUCCUGUUUAGCAAUUUGCCAUUGUUAGCAAAUGUGUCGCAGUUUUUUUCAUUUUUUGCAUUUUUUUUAUACUAGAAGUGGAAUAUAAAGUUACAUACAUAAGUUGCUGUACAAUUUUUUUUAACCUUCACUGUUUGGGGCCUGUGGUAUAAGCUGUAAAAAACAAAUAAAGCAUUUAU